GCUGCUUAAUGGACAAAAGUGCAGGCCGUCCUCCGCUGCUCUGCCUGAGGCUUCUAUUGUGGUUGGUCUGGCAUGAAUCGUCCCGCUCGAUCCAUGGAUAUAUAAACGAGGGUUCGAGCUGUUCACCGCAGUUUCUUCUGGCGUGUCUUAGGGAAUCAAUCUAUUUCUAUUAUGUCUGGUAGAGGUAAAACCGGCGGAAAGGCCAGGGCGAAGGCAAAGACUCGCUCUUCCCGCGCCGGGCUCCAGUUCCCCGUCGGUCGUGUUCACAGGCUGCUGCGUAAAGGCAACUACGCACAUCGCGUUGGUGCCGGCGCCCCCGUCUACCUGGCGGCUGUGCUGGAGUACCUCACCGCUGAGAUCCUGGAGCUGGCUGGAAACGCCGCCCGCGACAACAAGAAGAGCCGUAUCAUCCCCCGCCACCUGCAGCUGGCCGUCCGCAACGACGAGGAGCUCAACAAACUCCUGGGCGGAGUGACCAUCGCUCAGGGCGGCGUGCUGCCCAACAUCCAGGCUGUUCUUCUGCCCAAGAAGACCGAGAAGGCCCCAAAGUCCAAGCUCCUCCUGAGUUCCAUUAUGUCUGGUAGAGGUAAAACCGGCGGAAAGGCCAGGGCGAAGGCAAAGACUCGCUCUUCCCGCGCCGGGCUCCAGUUCCCCGUCGGUCGUGUUCACAGGCUGCUGCGUAAAGGCAACUACGCACAUCGCGUUGGUGCCGGCGCCCCCGUCUACCUGGCGGCUGUGCUGGAGUACCUCACCGCUGAGAUCCUGGAGCUGGCUGGAAACGCCGCCCGCGACAACAAGAAGAGCCGUAUCAUCCCCCGCCACCUGCAGCUGGCCGUCCGCAACGACGAGGAGCUCAACAAACUCCUGGGCGGAGUGACCAUCGCUCAGGGCGGCGUGCUGCCCAACAUCCAGGCUGUUCUUCUGCCCAAGAAGACCGAGAAGGCCCCAAAGUCCAAGUAA